AGAGAGACAGAUAUAGAUUGUUCAUCCACUGGUUCACUCCCCAAAUGCCAGGCUGAAGCCAGGAGCCAGGAACUCCAGCCUCUGCCAUGUGGGUGGUAGAGAACCCAAGUAUUCGGGCCAUCAUCUGCUGCCUUCCAGGGUGUACAUUAGCAGGAAACUGGAUCAGUAGCUGGAGCCAAGACUGAAACCUGUCAAUCCAGUGUGGGAGGUCAGAGCCUGCGAAAGGCUGAGAGAGGCCGGUCCUGCUCCCAGGAGAAAAAGGAGGGUUACACUAAGGACAUGGUGACAGACUUUGAUGAGAAACAUGAUGAGUAUUUAAUAUUGCUUCAGCAGAGAAACCGGGUGCUGAAGCAUUUGAAAGCCAAGGACCCCAUGCAGCUACACCUGGAGCACUUGGAACAAGGGUUCUCUGUCUACGUCAACGGGGCCAAUUCGGAACAGAAGCCAUCGCCUCGGAAGGCCGUGCGCUCCGACUUCUCCAGGAGUGCCUCGCACGCCAAGGGGACCCACGAUUGUGCACGAAGAACCCUGCUUCGAGAAGCCGAAGACGCCUUGCGACACGGUUCACAGACGGCCCCCAGCAGAGUGCAGCGCCGAGGAUGGCACCAG